AUGACUACAUUUAACUUUGUUCCAACUUUCACAAAGCUUUGGCUCUUUUUAUCUACAGUUAUCUGUAUAUGGGAUGCUUCUUUUGUCCUCUUAAGACCACGUACAUUCCCAGGAGGAGAUCUCCACGUAUUUUGGAAACCAUAUGCACUGUACAUUGAGAUUGACAAGCUUUAUUCUGAUUUAAGUGACUAAUUUGUUUUUAAUUAAUCUAUACUUAAUCUCUAUGAAUGUUUCAUAAAUGUGGUUGCUUUAUGUCUGCUCUUUUCAAAAUGCCAAAAAACAUAACUUGGUGGUACUUUCUUAGCUAUUCUUGUUAAUGCUUUCACUUUUUGGAAAACAGUUCUUUACUUUUAAUAUGGAUUACCUCAUUGCUUGCCUGUAAAAAAUUAUGUAGAAUUUAUUUUCUUAUACAUUAUUCCAAAUGGCUUUUGGAUUUUUGUGCCUUUAAUUAACUGCAUCAGCAUAAGCAAGAGGAUUUCCUAACAACUAUUAACAUAAAAGACAUAAUAGCCAGAAAAGUAAAGAGAAAAAAUUAAAUAAAGUUGA